ACGUGAACAACGGUGCUGAUGAGGGCGAGCGGAUGUGUGUGUGUGUGUGUGUGAAGCCGUCGUGUUUCCCGUCCUCCUGGCUGCCAUUUCAUCGCAAAUAGCAACGCAUAUACGCGCGUCUUUGUGCUUAAGACGCCAUUUAAUGAUCCAUUUCAUAGUUUGUUUUUACAGCGAUGCACAGCUGGUAAACAACAACAGUGUUUUGUUUUGUUUCUCUCUCUCUCUCUCUCUCUCUCUCUCUCGCUCUCUCUCUCUGUCUCUCUCUCUCUCUCUCGCUCUCUCUCUCCUAUGCGGAGGUUUGUUUUUGAAGGCAUCGCCGUCGAUAUGGGGCUUAUUGUGUUUUACACAUAUUGAGCUCUCAGCUUCAAGACUUGACAUGGACACGAUCUGGCUCUACCAGUUCCGUCUGAUCGUGAUCGGAGACUCCACGGUGGGCAAGUCUUGUUUGAUCCGCAGGUUCACCGAGGGUCAUUUCGCCCAUGUGUCGGACCCCACCGUCGGCGUGGACUUCUUCUCGCGUCUGCUGGAGAUCGAGCCGGGCAAGAGGGUCAAGCUCCAGAUCUGGGACACUGCUGGUCAGGAGAGGUUCAGGUCUAUCACCAGAGCCUACUACCGUAACUCUGUUGGCGGGCUCCUGCUCUUUGACAUUACCAACCGCCGCUCGUUCCAGAACGUGCACAGCUGGCUGGAGGAGGCGCAGAGUCAUGUUCAGCCGCAGAGUAUCGUCUUCCUGCUAGUGGGCCACAAGUGCGACCUGGAGGCCCAGCGGCAGGUGAGCCGGCAGGAGGCAGAGAAGCUGGCGGCGGCCUUCGGGAUGAACUACGUGGAGACGUCUGCACGAGACGCCAUCAACGUGGAGAUGGCGUUCAUGGACCUGACGAGGCAGAUCUUCGAGCUGGUGCGCGGCGGCGACAUCAAAAUCCAGGACGGCUGGGAGGGCGUCAAGAGUGGACUGGUCCCGAACACCGUGCACUCCUCGGAGGAGGUCACCAAGGCGGGUCGCCAGUGCCUCUGCUGAGCUCAUUUCUUUUGGACUCCAUCUGUUGGAGAUGGGCCCUCACUUCGUCUAUGACUACACUGCGGGCCCCGCUCUUUCUUAAACUAUUUCCAAGUUGCAGUAACACGCUUUACUUGUCAUGUGUUGACUACUUGCUCGGUGCAAAUCACACUUUGGUCUCUCGAUUAAAAGCACAAGAAGCCCCCUCGUGUCGUUCAACAUGGUAGCUUUGCUGCUUUUUUGACAUGCGCACUUACACUUAAACACAAUUUGUAAUGACUAUUGACACUCAUGUGGAUACACAACUCAACAGAAAUUAGACAGCCUCUUCACCUCAAUGUGGACAUACAAAUACAAGAAAUUUUAUGUACAGUACAUGUAUAUAGUCAGAAAGAGGCGACACUCUCACUUCACAACCCAACAAUAAAUAGUCCCAAGGAGUAUUAGGGCCACAACUAAAAAUCACAAAAAUAAAAAGUAGGCAAAUUCCUAACCAAAAAAUAAUUACCAGAAAAAAAGUCUUCACAUUGACAGAAAAAAGACAUAAUUUUCAGAGAAAUUUGUAAGAUAAUUCUUUUAAGAAUAAAGUAUUAUGAAAAAGCUACUAAGUGAGAAUAAAGUCAUAAGCAUACCAGAAAAGGUCGUAAAUUCACAGAAAAAAUGUCCGAGUUAGAAGGAUUUUUUUUUUCCAGAAUGAUAAUGAUAAUGUUACAUGGAUAAAGUUGAAGUAAUGUGGGAAAGAAAUUGCAAUUAAUACAAAUUUAUUAGUACGACAAAAAUACCUUUAUGACUAAAAAAUAGCAACGUGACAAGAAAAAAAAGUCAUGGUAUUCCAUCCAUCCAUCCAUCCAUUUUCUGAGCCGCUUCUCCUCACUAAGGUCGCGGGCGUGCUGGAGCCAAUCCCAGCUAACAUCGGGCAGGAGGCGGGGUACACCCUGAACUGCUUGCCAGCCAAUAAAAAAAAAAGAAAUUCUGAAGAAAAAAGACACUUUUUUUAACAAGAAAUUGGUCAUAGUUUUACAAAAACAGUCAUGCUUUUACAUACUUUCACUAAAACGUGAAAUAAAUUGCUAUUAAUAAAGUAGUAAUUGUCCCAUAAAAAAAAUAUUUCAUGAUGAAAAAAAUAGUUUCAUUACAGUCAUGAUAUUAAGACAAAAGCAAUUCCAAAGAAAAAUAUUUUUUUUUGAGAAUAGGUCAUAAUUUUACAAAAAAUAGUCAUCACAUGAAAAGUCGUCAUUUUAUGAGAAACAUUUCUUAACAUUACGAGACAAAAGAACAUGUCAUUUUACAAGAAAAUGGCCAUGAUAUUACAAGUAAAAAGUAACAAUCUUAAAAGAAUAAAGUUGUGAUGUUACGGAAAAAAAAAAAAUCAUCAUUUUAGAGAAACAAACAGUUAAUUUUAAGAGAAAAAAAGACAUAAUUAUAUUAUGAGGGGGGGGAAAGCAGAUUUGACAAGAAAUAGGUAUUUCACCGAAAUACAUUUGUCAUUUUACGAGGAGGAAGUCAUAAUUUCAUGACAUAAAUCAUUGUAAUCAAUGCGAGAAUAAAGUGGUGGUGGUACGAGAUCUUCCAAUCAUGAAAGAAUCAAAUUUCUAAAUUUUUUAAUACAUUUUAUUUAGUUAAUUUUUCCCGACGAAAGAGAAUUUUUUUUAAAUUUUAUAAUAAUUUUGUAAAAUUAUGAGAAAAAAGCCUUGUCUUUUCACAGGAAAAAAAAUCACAAUGUCACAACAAUGAAGUUGUGACGUUAUAAGAAAAAAAGUAAUACAACAUGAAAAAGACAAACAGAGUGGUAUUGUGUGUUACAAAGCCCCAUACAUGACAUGCGGAAAAAAUAAUAUUUUGUGCACACAAAAUACUAACUUGUGUGCACAUAUUAGUUUCUUUUUUUUCCCAUGUCAUGUCUGAGGCUCUGUAGUGUGCUGUUGAGGAUCUUUUCAAGCCCCUCAAUUGACUAUUUUCCAUGUGGCCCAAAUACUCCUUAAUAAUCCCGAAUACUCCUUAAUACUCCUUUUUGGCUUCAUAGGGACAGUCAAACAUGCAUCCACUUUGACUCAAUGCUUUUAAAUUUUAAUUGCUGAUGUGAGUCUCUUUUGAGUGCCUUUUGGAGGAAGGAAACCUGUGUCCAUGUGUGUUUUAUUAUUCAUGUACCUGUACAAUGGAUAUAGAAGGUCUACACACCCCUGAAAAGCCUGAUAGAACAGUUGAACUUUAUUGAGGGUCAAUAAGGGGCACCUUAAAUGGAAGCAGCUGUGUUGCUGACUACUGUUGAACAUGACUUUGAAUUAAUUCUGAUCACAGUCACCUUAGGAGGGUGUGCACACUUGUGCAACUACAUUGCAUCACUUCUUUAUUUUUACCACCCCUCUUGAAAAUAUUUCUUUUUUUUUUUGUAAAGGUUAUUUUAUAUAUAUAGAUAUACAUCACAAUGACCUGGGAUUUCAACAGGGGUGUGUAGACUUUUGAUAUCCACUGAAGGUAACAAAUGUGUAACAUGAUUCAUUUGAACGCUGGCUUUGUCUUAUGGGGAUUAAUUAAUAAACUAGCACGUGUGUCAUCAGUAGAAAAUAAACUGU